AUCCCAAAUGCCGUCGGACCAAACUCCAUGAGGAGAACACAAAGCAGCGCCUGAACGUCUGCAGUCUGCGGUGCGCGGCUAUCUCGUGUUGCUCCCGAGACGCACACAGACACGUCCAUUUCUUCGGCUCCCUGUCACGUGCAUCAUCUCACCAAAACUGUUCGCUUGGACGUGGCCAGGGCCGAGCUCGAUGUUUUGGGGAGCCUGUGUCGGGGGGCGGCAUGAUGCGGGGCAUUUCCAUUGAGUAAGCUGUAGCGCAAAACCAAAAUGCAAAGCAUAUCCCUGACAGCUUGAUGCACCGGUCGCUUCGACAGGAGGCUCACCAGCGGCGCGGAGGGGCACCGAGCGGAAGAUGGCUGACUUGGCCGGGCAUCGCGAGCCCUGGGCGGCAUCGGCAGCGCCACACCAGCCGCUGACGAGCCGCGUGAGACAGUAAACAGCUGUCCCCCCCCGCCCCCCGCUCUUCCUCCUCCCCAUCCUCGGCGCAAAUAUUGGCACAAGUAUCGCGCAGAAACCAUGGCAGAGACGGAGAAAGAGGGCAGACCUCCGGAAAACAAGCGGAGCCGCAAACCAGCGCACCCGGUGAAGAGAGAGAUCAACGAGGAGAUGAAGAGCUUCGCUGAGAACACCAUGAACGAGCUGCUGGGAUGGUACGGCUAUGACAAGGUGGAGCUGAGGGAUUCCGACAGUCUGGACGUGGCGGAGGCCGCUCAGCACAUCUCUGCCCUGAAAGAACACAUGGGGCCCAAAGUGUCGGCGCCACCGGAGUGUGGGGAGGCCUCUCUGGACGGAGUCAGCGGCGCCCUCUGUGUGCCAGCGCCCAGGAACGGUGUCACCGAGUGCUGCAGCGCAGCCUCCACCUCGGCACCUGGCAACCCCACCACCGUGGUGCCCGUGGUGCCCCCGCCGCUGACCAAGGGCCCCGCAGAUGAGGAUGGCAGCAACGUGCAGAUCGUGUGCGCCUGGUGCCAGAAGGUCGGCGUCAAGCGCUACUCUCUGAGCAUGGGCAGCGAGCUGAAGAGCUUCUGCAGCGAGAAGUGCUUCGCCGCCUGCCGCCGAGCCUACUUCAAGAGGAACAAGGUGUGCGACUGGUGCAAACACAUCCGUCAUACAAAGGAGUACUUGGACUUUGGUGCUGGGGAGCGAAGGCUACAGUUCUGCAGUGCCAAAUGCCUCAAUCAAUACAAGAUGGACAUCUUCUACAAGGAAACUCAAGCUGCUCUGUGCAACCCGGCAGCCGGCGCUGAUGCAAAGGCGGAGUGCAGCGGUGGGGUUCAGCUGCUGACCCCGGAAUCCUGGGGCACGCCCUUGGCCGAGCUCCGGCGGAAAGCGCCAUCGCCAUUAGGCCCGUCCAGCUCUGCGCCCCUUGCUGCCUGCUCUGCCGCCUCCCCCCCCCUCGCCGUCUGCUCUCCGUCCUCCUCUGUCUCAGCCAAGAUUCCUACACCCAGACCCCACGACAGCCCGUCGCUCCCGCCGCCACCCAUCCAUCCCUCCGCUCUGCACCCGACCGCUGGAGUACCGUCCGGUAGCCCUCCAAUGGUCAUGACUCCCCGUGGUCCCAUGCCGUUGCCUCUGUUCAUGGAGCAUCAGAUGAUGCAGCAGAUCCGCCCCACUUUUCUACGCCCCCCCCACCACCCAGGAGGACCAAACAGUCCUUUGCCAAACCCCAUUAUCCCUGGCAUCGGACCGCCACCUCCCAGGAACCAUGCAUCUAGCCCCAUGCAUCGGCCAAUGAUCUCUCCACAUGUCCAUCCGUCCUCGAACCCCAACCCGGGCCUGAUGCCACCUCAUCCGGGCCUCCCCGUGCCAGGACUGCCCCCCUUCCCUCCGGUCAAUAUGUUGCCCAAUGGACCCAUUCCUUUUUCCCCAAUGAUGAACUUCGGGCUGCCCUCAUUAGCCCCGUUAGUCCCCCCUCCGAGUCUUUUGGUACCUUACCCAGUGAUUGUUCCCCUUCCAGUCCCGAUCCCAAUUCCUAUCCCGAUCCCACUGAGCCCUGAGUCCUUCAAGGACCAGCUGGACAGCAGGGGUUCUAAACACAGUGCUGCUGAAUCAUCUGCAGAGUCUACAGUGGGUGGGCUACACUCCCCGAAUCUCUCUGGAGGUGACAAGCGAGACGGGAAACUUGCGGAACGUCUGUCUCCUGGAUGUUCACAGUCAAGCAGGUCGGUCGUGACAAAGGUGAAAGCAGAGGAGAGUUUAGGAGGCACUUGUCAGAGCAGCGGCUCCGGCCAAGCGGACGGGGUGAUCGACCUGACCGUCGGUCAGCGGUUGUGCCAACAACAACUUGCUCACAGGAUGUUGCUGGGGGUCCAGGUGAAGCUGGAAACAGACUCUGAGUCCAGGUCUCCUCCUGCAGCGCGGGAAAAGGUCAGUCUUAGAGGCGAGGAAACCACAGAACCAGCGGGGACCAAACAAUCGCAAACCCAGGACGCGGAUCCACCGAGCAACAGUCUCACGCCACCACCUUCAGCCAACGUAGCACUUAGCCAGCCGGAAUGUCCGGCCCAGCUCCAACCGAGCCCCGCCGCGCCGUGUCACGUCAUCGUCAAUGGAGCUGGCCGGCGUUGCUCCGAGCCAACGGGCGCUGGAGCGGAGAGCGAAGGACGCACCAGAGGGCAGCCUGUCAACGCUGACUUGGAGCAGGAAGCACUUAAAGAAAACAAUUGUUCCAGGAGACUGGAGAAGUCUGAACUGUGGGACUGUGGCAAACGGGGAGCCGUGCAAGAUCAGAUGAGGGAGGCCGCGGUGGGCAAGCAGGAGCCGGAGAGUCUGGAGGAGGGCGAACACGCCUACGCCCUGCCGCUGCUCUCCGCCGGAAGCUGUGUGGUCCUGCAGCCUGCGGCGAAGCCCGGCAUCCUGUCCCGCGCCAUCACCGCGCCCUUGUCAGCCGCCGAGAGCUCGGAGUUGGAGCCGGCGCUCAAGAGGAGGUGUCUGCGGAUCCGCAACCAGAACAAGUGAGCCCUCCCGUCCUCCUGCUCUCUCCACACCAGCUCAGCCACGGUCCAGGCGCCUCGCACCGCCGCUCACCAGGUGACGCCAGGGUGACCUCCCCUCCUGCGUCGGCCGUUUCCCGAGUCUCCAUCUCGUGGCGCCGCUCCUGAGCUCUCUGCAAGGUGUCCUGCUGUGAAUGGCAUGACCAAACAUGCCUCAGAGUCCCACACAUGGCCUUUUCUCCGUCCACAGCCGGCGGACAUUGCAACAUGACUGACACAGGACAUUUGAAAUAUCACCAGCAAGUAUCCAGCUGUGGCUAGAGAGCACCUGCUGUUUCCUGUUUGUGUCCCCUUUAAACUGCAUCUAGACACUUGGAAUGGCGAGGUCGUCAUGUGACACCACACCCGGGGUCGCUGCUCCAGCCGUCUGAGACUCUGCCAGGCUCCCGCUUCAUCUUCUCGAUCAUACACCAGCAGAGAUGUUCCUGUCACUGGCGACGUUUGGGAUGGAUGGAACGCAGCCCCGUCAUCAAUAAGUCCUGCGGGAAGUGAGAAACCUGGAAAUGUGUGGAGGAACGUGAACGUGUGCCAUCACUCCUCCCCCCCUCCGACACAAACCGUGACCGUGGGUCAUGUCAUGGAGGAAGCCAGCGUCGUGUGGAGGUCAGAACAUCCAUAUCCACAGCCAGGUGGCAUCCGGUGUGGCGAGCAAACCUGUCUGUUUGUUUGUUCCACCGAUGAGAAGGAGGCCACGUGCGGCGCCGUGCCACCGCGGCUGCGUUGUUGUCGGGGUCGGUGGUCCAUGAGCGCUUCAGCCGGCCCCCUGCCAGCUGGCUUCUGAGUCCCAACCCAAAUGUUCUCUGUCACGCAAAGACGGACGGUCGCCAAAACAUGGAGUGAGUCAGCAGACGCAGGUGCACCACCAGGUCGGGACAGGCUCAGUCAGGCCUCCCAACAUGGCGGUUGCAGGUGGGACCUCGGUCGCUUUGGGAAACAACAGAGAAGUUGCCUUAACCCUUGCUUGUAUAAUCUCUUCAGUCAAGACGAUGGCGCUGAACGUGUACAAACCACUUUGUUCCCUCUUGCUAGUCUCAGUGUGUAGACGACCACCUCUUUUCUCUGACCGCCGUACGAACUUCACCGUUUUGCUACAAAAACUCACAAAAAAGGGACGUUCCAAAAAGAUGUUUUAUCUUGUGAUGGACUGUUUUGUGUACAUUUUAUAGUAUUAUCUAUUGUUGACAGGCUUGUGGAGAAGAGUUUUUUUUUUUUUAUCAUGACAUGGAAGAAGCCGCGACGCGUUUUUGACGGACGGAGGCGCGUCACAUGUGACCACUUCUGCUCUGGAAACCUUUCCCUCUGUCUUGUAACUGUACUUGUUUUAGCCGGUGAAUUGAAAAACAAAUAAACCAGAGUCACACACGAGCUCGUGUUCCG